AUGCGCAAUUUGAGAAACGUCCGUCUCGCUGAGACCCAAAUCGAGAGUGAGCUGUCUCUCACUGCCACAGCGUGGGAUACUGUUUCGGACUCAGUGGUGUGCACCUUUGGUCCGGCCGAGAACAAUGCAAUCAUCGAGGUCAGACGGAAACGCCCUGAGAUCGUUUCAACCGAUCCCCUGUCUCCCGAAGCAUUCGAAUGUAUUGCCUCCUGGGAUGCUCCGUGCCCUCUACCGGACCUGGCAUGUGAUCGUGUGCUCUCCCUGCAUUAUUUUGCGGACAACCUGACGACCUGUCUGGUGUUAGCAGGAGGUGAUAUUGUUGUUGUUCGCGAAGAGCCCCUUCCCGGCGAAGAUAAGAUCGAAAUUGUUGGUUCAGUCGAUGUGGGAAUCACAGCUGCGGCAUGGUCCCCAGAUGAGGAAAUGCUGGCUCUUACCACCAGAGCUCAGACGUUCUUGUAUAUGACCAGAGACUUUGAGAAUGUGGCCGACAUUACUUUCGCCCACAGUGACCUGCAAUCAUCACAACAUGUGUCGGUCGGGUGGGGUAAGAAAGAAACACAGUUUCAAGGAAAGAGAGCCAAGGCUCUUCGAGACCCGACAGUACCGGAAAAGAUCGAUCAAGGAAUCUUGAGCAGCCACGAUGAUGCUAGCACGACGAUUAGCUGGCGAGGAGAUGGGGCUUAUGUUGCUGUCAACAGCGUCGAAGCAGAUACUCGCCGUGUGAUCAGGGUGUACUCGAGAGAAGGCACCUUGGACAGUGUGAGCGAACCCGUUGACGGAUUGGAGGGCGCUUUAAGCUGGCGGCCGUCUGGAAGCUUGAUUGCUGGAAUUCAGCGGCUUAGCGAACACAUCAAGGUGGUGUUUUUUGAAAGAAACGGACUCCGCCACGGCGAGUUCUCUCUCCGUCUUUCUGAAGAGGAAAUGAAAUCAUGGGCUUCCCGCAUUCAUCUUGUCUGGAACGUGGAUUCCACUGUACUUGCUGUCAAGUUUCAGGACCGUGUACAGCUCUGGACAACGGGCAACUACCAUUGGUAUUUGAAGCAAGAGCUUCGUGUCACGGUUGACACAAAGUCUUCGUUUCCGUGCUUUUUCGAAUGGCACCAAGAGAAGGCAUUACGGUUUGUUGCUGGCUCCUCUGGUUCGAUACUGGACGCGGAUUAUGUAUUCGAUAUCAACCAUGGUUCUACGUCUAUUCCAGAUGAUGUUGGCGCCAUUGCAGUCAUCGACGGCAAAACUCUCAAACUGACCCCGUUGCGAAUGGCUGGUGUGCCGCCUCCCAUGGCGCACAACGAGCUGGCUUUAGACUCCAACGCCAUUGACGUGGCAUUUAGCAAAUCCGGAGCCCGCAUUGCUGUGCUGAUGAGCAACAAGCUCUCCAUUUACCUAUGGUCUCUGAAGAGCCGACCUGUUCCUAUUCCUAUCCUUGAGUCAAGCUGUCCAUUAUCAGAUACCGUAGCCAGUCGACCCCGGCAGAUUGCGUUCCUGAAUGAGAACGAGGUAUUUGUGCUCAAGGACACUGGACCAAACUCGAGCCACAUUGAGAGAACGAUCUUGGACACUCGAACCACUGAAUCUGUAUAUCAGGCUGCAGACGAAGAGCAACUGGCAUCGAUCUUCGCCGGCAUUGGACACCAAACUCUGUGGUUCUCACAUGCCCGCCAACCAGCUCGACCUGUCAGCUAUUCGAGCAUUGAAGAGUCGUCAUCCGGAAAUCUUGAUAUUGCUCCAUGGGGUGAGAGCCCCAAUGUUGACAGCCAUUGGGCCCGUGUUGUCUCUAUUUCCGAGAAUGAGCGCAUUUUGAUUACAUUGACGAGAACUGGAGCCUUGCAUGCUAACAAGCGAGUCCUUGCGAGGAAUUGCACGUCUUUCCUAGUGACUCCAUCUCAUCUUUUGUUCACCACAUCAGCACAUCUUCUGAAGUUUGUUCAUCUGAACCAUGUGGAUGAAAUGGAAGUUCCCGAGGAUACACCAGAAACCGAUGAGCGUUGCAGAAGUAUUGAACGUGGCUCUCGGUUGGUUUCAGUGAUACCCUCGAUCUUCGCGGUCGUGCUCCAAGCUCCCCGAGGAAACAUUGAGACAAUUUUCCCUCGCGCUCUAGUAUUGGCUGGAAUCCGUACCUUCAUCGACCAGAAGAAAUACCGGUCUGCAUUCCUUGCAUGUCGAAGUCAGAUGGUUGAUCUCAAUAUUCUCCAUGACUAUGCUCCUGAGCAAUUUAUGGAAAACAUCGUUCUGUUCAUUGAUCAAGUCAAGAAGAUUGAUUAUAUUGAUGACUUCAUAUCGCGCCUUUCGGAAGACGAUGUGUCACAGACAUUGUAUAAAGACACACUGAAAAUUUCUAAGAAUGUAUCGGCAGCUGUUGCCCAGCCGGAUGGUCCAGCUGUUCCCUCGGUCCCCAAAAUUGGCAAAAAGGAGAGCAAAAUCAACAAGAUCUGUGAUGCAUUCCUGGCGGCUCUUCAAACCCGUGUCGAUACCAAUUUGCAAAAUCUGAUCACAGCCCAUGUUUGCAAGUCGCCGCCUGACAUGGAAGCAGGAUUGGGACUUGCUGCGGGACUAAGAGCACAACACCCCGAACAGGCCGAAGACGCUAUUGCGCACAUGUGUUUCCUGACAGAUGCUCACCGGCUUUAUUCUCACGCGUUGGGUGUAUAUGACCUUGAGCUUACAUUGUUGGUUGCUCAACAAGCUCAGAUGGAUCCUCGCGAGUACCUACCAUUCCUUCGUAAGCUACAACAACUUCCAGCGACUCGUCGUAAAUUUGAGAUCGACAAUCAUCUUUCUCGCUUCGAAAAGGCUCUGGGGCAUUUGUAUACUCUCAAUGUUCACGAUGAGAUAAGCGCAUAUGUCGUCAAGCAUGUCUUGUAUAAGGAAGCUCUUGGGCUAUACAAGUACCAAACAGAGCAACUACGGGAAAUCACCGAGCUCUACGCUGAUUAUCUACACGAUCAAUCGAAAUUCAAAGACGCAGCAAUUGCGUAUGAAUCUCUUGGACUUUACGAGAGUGCUUACAAGUGCUUCAAUCUGGCACACAAAUGGCGUGAAUCAUUGUACUGUGCCAUGAUGGCAUCUCUAUCCGAGGAAGAUCUGGCAGCCCACAUCGAAGGUCUUGUCACAACCCUGGUCGACGAAAAUAAAGACUACGUCUCGGCAGCAACCAUCUACGCUGACCAUUUGCAUGACAUCGUCACAGCUGCACGACUGCUCUGCCGGGGAUCGAAGUUCACCGACGCAGCGCGUCUCCUUACACUCCAUGGGAAACAGAGCCAGGUUGCCGAAAUCGUUGACUCCGGCCUCGCCGAAGCAAUGGGUAACAUGACAGACCUGCUCGCUGACUGCAGAUCUCAGAUCAAUGCCCAAGUCCCACGCCUCAACGAACUUCGUCAGCUUCGCGCCGCCGACCCACUUGCUUUCUACGGUGGUGAUCCAACCGGUGGAGACGCGGGCGUCGAUAUCCCAGAUAAUGUCUCGCUGGCCCCGACAGAUGCAUCCACGCUCGCUGGUCGCUCCAUGUUCACCCGUUACACUGGUAACACCGGGAAAACAGGUAAAACUGGAAUGUCACGUCAUACUUCGAAGACUCGCCGGCGGGAGGAGCGUAAGCGUGCUCGUGGUAAGAAGGGCACCGUUUACGAAGAAGAAUACCUCGUUAAUAGUAUUCGACGACUCAUUGAACGGGUUAACUCCAGCGUAGCGGAGACUGAGAUUCUUGUCGAUGCUCUGCUGCGUCGUGGCAUGCGUGAGCGUGCAGCCGCUAUCGAGAAGGCGUUACAGGAAGUCCUGACUAUGUGUGUGGAUUGCCGGGACGAGGUGUUUGAAGUUCCUCCCUCCAAUGCAAAGAACGAGGAGCAGGAAGAUGAAGAGAACGACAUCGAGCCUAUCGUCCCUCCUACUUACGGAGGUGGAGGUGCCAGCGUCUUGAGAGAAAGUAUAGCUAUCGUCGAGGGAGGUGGUGCCGCUCGAGUAAAGGAGAUUCCUAUUGUGAAGGAGAUGAAGAAGUCUUCUCUGUUGGCUUGA